UUGACUAUAGAGAGUAGAAAGAGAAAGGAACCUCAUCACCUUGUAUUCAAGUGUCAUUUUCUCAAUAAACAGUGGUCUCUAGUAACACUCAGUCUCAUAUCCCUUUCUACUUUUCUCAUUCCAUAAAGCCUUUCCACUUGAUUCCUUUCUUUGAUUUACCAAACUGAUUUUUGGUUUUCUUUCCAUUGUUUUCACAAACACCAUUAUCCUUCUUCUUUCUUGUUGUUCUUCUCCUUUUUUUUCUCUCCUUCUUUAUCAAACAUGUCCACUUAAAAGAAGAAUAAAAGAGCUUAAAUCUUUGCCCUCUUUUUUUCACUUACACUUAGCUUUUUUACAUUCUCCAAAUAGCUCUUUAUUUCUCUCACUUUUCCAACCUAAAUCUACCAUCAAGAAUCAAACUUGAAGUUUGUUCUUCUUUCUUUUCUCCUUUUCACAUCUCUUUCUUUUCUUUUACUUCAUCAAGUGUGCAACUUUUACUCUAUUUUUCAUCAAUUUGGAGGUUUUUUUUGAAGUUAACAAACAAGAAAAAGCCAAAGUCACCAUAAUCUUGAAGUCUCUAUUAUUUCAAAGAUUUAUCCACAAAAAUGCCCUUAGAAGGGGUUUUUGUUCAAACUCCAUCUUCUUCAAAUCCAAUCCCUGAUCUUUCUCUCCACAUUAGCCCUCCAAAUAGUUCAUCUUCUCCAUCUUCAAAGCCAACAAAUUGUCUUACUGAGCUUUCUUUAGCUCAUCCCACUGCCAUUAAUGAAGAAAAAAACUUGUUUAAUAGUGAAAAUAGGAGUUUUCCAAGAAACCCUUUACCUCAUCAAAGCCAAAACAACUAUUUGCUUCAACCAAAUAACCAAAUGAAUAAUAUAAAUCAUGGGGUUUCAUUAUUAGAUGUUUCUUCAGAGAGUACUUUGAUGAGACCUAUAAAGGGUAUUCCAAUUUAUCAUCAAAAUUAUUCUUUCCCUAAUUUCUUGGAAAAAGACCCAAAGAGAUUUGGAUCUCUUUUUUCACCUUAUAAUUUCAAUGGAGGUUCUGAUCAUUUAUCAAAUGCUUAUCGGAUACCAAUGGCUAAUAGACUUCACCAUCACCAUAGCCAAUAUGGAGUUGGAUUAGGUCAUUCAAAUGAAACAAAUUCUCAUAGUUUUAUGAGAUCAAGAUUUCUACCAAAAUUUCCAGGAAAAAGGAGUAUGAGAGCGCCAAGAAUGAGAUGGACUACUUCACUUCAUGCUCGGUUUGUUCAUGCCGUGGAACUUCUUGGUGGCCAUGAAAGGGCUACACCAAAAUCAGUCUUGGAGCUAAUGGAUGUCAAAGAUCUCACUCUAGCUCAUGUCAAAAGCCAUUUACAGAUGUAUCGCACUGUUAAAACCACUGACAAACCUGCAGCUUCCUCAGGGCAAUCAGAUGGGUCAAGUGAAGAAGAUCUCUUAAAAAUAGACAGGAUUUUGGAUCAGAGAGGACCAUCUGAUGGAUUUGAUGAUCCUUCAACUACAACUCCUACUCUUUGGAGUAACUCCUCAAGGAGGUCACGGGUUCAAGCCGUGGAAACAGCUUCUUGCAGAAAUGCAGGCAGUAGAGAAAGAUGGUCACAAGCUAACUUCAGUGACUCGAAUGGCGUCAGAUCAACCUCUUUUCCAUCUCAACAAAGAUCUGGCCACCAUAUAGAGGAAUGUGAAUAUUCAAGGCCAGUGAGCUAUGUAGGUUGCAGUUUGGAUCAGAGAAAUCCUAGCUUGGAGUUCACUUUAGGAAGACCAGAUUGGGUAGAAAAGGAGCAUGAUUGAAGUGUUUCAUUAAUUAAUUUUGUUUUUUUGUUUUUGGCUUUGCUGAUUCUUCUGAUCUUCCUCUUUUCUUUUAUUUUAUUUGAGAUGAAAGAGAUGGCAUCAAUAUUGAAAUAUUAAGAGCUUGAAAAAAAAAAGGGCAUAAAAAAGGAAUAUUGGUUUUUUCUGAUCUCCCAUGCAUAUAUAUAACUUAAGUUGUGACGUAGCCUAAAAUUUUUAGUUUUUGGUUUUUGAGUUUUGUUACCUUGACCUUAUGUUUUGCUUAUCUUUAUUGUUUGAUGACUUGAAUCGGCUAUGGGUCUGUAAUGUAAAAGUAGUUGGAAAAUUGUAAGGAAUGAAUGUACGUAGUUUUGCGG